AUGCCACAUCGGCCAUCGCGUGGUGCCAUCAGCCGGGUCGCCUUACUUGCUGCAUACAGCAGGGCGGGCCCAGCACUUAGGACUGAUGACUCCGUUCGUCAUGCAUCGGUUUUGCGUGCAGCAUCUGCUCGUCACAUGGUGCCGACAUCUUCAGGAAUCUCCAAAUCAGUCCUCAAGCCUCGACACCCACUCUAUCUGGCCGCGUUCAAUGAGAAACUUCCUAAUUCUAUUCGCCCGCCAAACCAGUUUGUUAUCUAG